UCGGCUGCUGCUGCCGCUGCGGGUCGACCUGCAGGAGGCAGCGGCGGCGGCGGUGGACAAGGCCGAGGGAAGAUGGCGGACGGCGUGGACCACAUAGACAUUUACGCAGAUGUGGGCGAAGAGUUCAACCAGGAAGCUGAAUAUGGUGGGCAUGAUCAGAUAGAUUUGUAUGACGACGUCAUCUCUCCAUCUGCAAAUAAUGGAGAUGCCCCAGAAGAUCGGGAUUACAUGGAUACUCUCCCACCAACUGUUGGUGAUGAUGUGGGUAAAGGAGCAGCACCAAAUGUUGUCUAUACAUAUACUGGAAAAAGGAUUGCAUUGUACAUUGGAAAUCUAACAUGGUGGACAACAGAUGAAGAUUUAACUGAAGCAGUUCAUUCUUUGGGAGUAAAUGAUAUUUUGGAGAUAAAAUUUUUUGAAAAUCGGGCAAAUGGCCAAUCAAAGGGGUUUGCUCUUGUUGGUGUUGGAUCUGAAGCGUCCUCAAAAAAGUUAAUGGAUUUGUUGCCUAAAAGAGAACUUCAUGGUCAGAAUCCUGUUGUAACUCCAUGCAAUAAACAGUUCCUGAGUCAAUUCGAAAUGCAGUCCAGGAAAACUACACAAUCAGGACAAAUGUCUGGGGAAGGUAAAGCUGGUCCUCCGGGAGGCAGUUCACGUGCAACAUUUCCACAAGGUGGUAGAGGACGGGGCCGUUUUCCAGGGGCUGUUCCCGGUGGGGACAGAUUUCCUGGGCCAGCAGGACCAGGAGGGCCACCCCCACCUUUUCCAGGAAAUUUGAUCAAGCAUCUUGUUAAAGGAACUCGGCCUUUGUUCCUGGAAACUAGGAUUCCAUGGCAUAUGGGGCACAGCAUAGAGGAAAUACCCAUUUUUGGCCUAAAAGCUGGACAGACUCCACCACGUCCACCCCUAGGCCCUCCAGGCCCACCUGGUCCACCAGGUCCUCCACCUCCUGGUCAGGUUCUGCCUCCUCCUUUAGCUGGGCCUCCUAAUCGAGGAGAUCGCCCUCCACCACCAGUUCUUUUUCCUGGACAACCUUUUGGGCAGCCUCCAUUGGGUCCGCUUCCUCCUGGUCCUCCACCUCCAGUUCCAGGCUACGGCCCCCCUCCUGGUCCACCACCUCCGCAACAGGGACCACCACCACCUCCAGGCCCUUUUCCACCUCGCCCACCUGGUCCUCUUGGGCCACCCCUUACACUUGCUCCUCCUCCGCAUCUUCCUGGACCACCUCCAGGUGCCCCACCACCAGCUCCACAUGUGAACCCGGCUUUCUUUCCUCCACCAACUAACAGCGGCAUGCCUACAUCAGAUAGCCGGGGUCCACCCCCAACAGAUCCUUAUGGCCGACCUCCGCCAUAUGAUAGGGGUGAUUAUGGGCCUCCUGGAAGGGAAAUGGAUACAGCAAGAACACCAUUGAGUGAAGCUGAAUUUGAAGAAAUCAUGAACAGAAAUAGGGCAAUCUCAAGCAGUGCUAUUUCAAGAGCUGUAUCUGAUGCCAGUGCUGGUGAUUAUGGGAGUGCUAUUGAGACAUUGGUAACUGCAAUUUCCUUAAUUAAACAAUCCAAAGUAUCUGCUGAUGAUCGUUGCAAAGUUCUUAUUAGCUCUUUGCAAGAUUGCCUUCAUGGAAUUGAAUCCAAGUCUUAUGGUUCUGGAUCAAGAAGACGUGAACGAUCGAGAGAGAGGGACCAUAGUAGAUCACGAGAAAAGAGUCGGCGUCAUAAAUCUCGCAGUAGAGAUCGUCAUGAUGAUUAUUAUAGAGAGAGAAGUAGAGAACGAGAGAGACACCGGGACCGGGACCGAGACCGAGACCGAGAGCGUGACCGAGAGCGCGAGUAUCGUCAUCGUUAGAAGCUGAAGGAAGAGGAACACCUUCCAAGACACAAACAGUCUUCAUGAGGGAAACAUGACGCUUGUCCAGCAGUUUGCUUCUUGUGAUUGAACUGAACCUGUAAGGAUUCAUGGAUAAAAUGAACAGGAAUAGAUCUGAAUAAAGCAAAUCUGCAUAAAUGGUAACCAGUAGCUCUACUUUUAUUUUUUAUGUUGCUUAACUGUUUUUAUUUGAAGAAAACCUGUGUGAUUUAAAAAGUUAUAGCUUUUGCAACUUUAUUACUGGUUAUAUACUUUUUGGCCAUUAUAAUGUGCAAGCAAUUGGAAAAUGUCAAGUAAAUGCUUGUUUUUAUAGUAGUAUGUUCUUGUUAAAAAUGUUCAUAUGAUAAUGUCUGUAAACAGCACCACUUUGAUUACAAUAGAUGUAGUGUUGUAAUAAACUGUUUAAUGGGGCUGAUGUGUAAAGCUGUUCAAGUUAUUUGAUGUUUACACCUCAGGGAAAGUCUUGUGUUCAGCAAUAUCUAAAGAUAAUGUUAUUAUGACAUUUAUACUGUCCUUUAAAAAAGCAUUGCAAUAGCAUUUUUGGAUAUGCAUCAAUCUAAUCUUGCGUUCAGUGAAUUAAACAUACUAAUUAAGUGUCUGUUGCCCUUGAUUUUGAUAUUAGGAUAGGUGAUUACAUGGAUAUUUAAUAUUUCUAUAUUCUGCUUUUCUAGCUGUUUUUACCUAGUUAGCUUGUGAUUUUUGCUGAAUGGUAUGUAAACCUGUAAAAAUGAAAUUUCACAGACAUAGCAAUUCAGGCAGUGUGUUAGGGGUCAAAAUGAUUUUGUGAUUUUAACACUUUAGUAAAGACUUAUACGUUAUUUGCUACAGUACUGCAGCUUAGUUACAGCACAGAUGUACUGAAAUGCUUAAUUGUAAACUGCUGGCAUUGAGAAAUAUUUUGACAGUUCUGAUUUGAUGCGGCAGUUAUUUGCGGUUUUAUAUUCAUAGUGCUCGUGGUAAAUUUUUGAAGCCGUGGGCAGUGUAAAUACAGUCACACAGCAGACAGAUUUGAGUAAAGAAAGCCUUAGUUUUAUUUUCUGGUUACUAUAUAGAUUUCUGAAGGGUGUGAUGUUUAAUUAACAUCAGGUUGUAGUCUCCUGUGUGUGUAAUGGGAGCUUAUAGGUAUAUCCUAUCUCCACAGUUUAAGGAAUUCUGUGUAUUUUCAUGCAACCUUAUUGGUUCGUGCUAGAGUUGUUUAGUUAAUCAAAGAUUUUUUUCAAACCUGCCUUGCAUACAGGCCUCCAGUAGAAGCACUUGCCUAGCAUAUGUUCUUAAAUUGCAAAAUCAGCAUAGGCAGUGUCACUUUGAUUAGACAUUUUAUAGAAAGAUUAUUCUGAAUCACUACAGAGAUUUGAGUUAAAAACCUUAUGCAGAUUAUAAUUUGAUUUUAAUGUUUUUAAGAUCUGAUUAUCUUUGAGAAAUCUUCUGAUAAUACACAUUGGGUUUUUUUUUUUAAAGUAUUGCCAAACUUUAGGACAAUGCUUAAAGUAUUUUUAGGCACCCUAGAUACUAUGUCAUGUGCAACAAUAGGAGCCCUCUAGAGAACUGUACUGCAGUUCUUCACUUUCAUCUUGUGCGCUAUCACACGAGUUCUUACAAAAUUAGCUGUUUCAAAUUAUUCAUGAUAUUGUCAGUUUUAUUUUAAAAUAUUUUGUGAGAGUAAUGCAUGGGAUCAUUGGUGUUUAUCAGAACUGUUUGCUCUCAAAUAUUUAAAGUCGUUUAUCUUGUUGAAAUGCACUUGCCUUUUUAAGAUCUGAGAGUUGUAUCAAAAUCAAUUUCCUUGUUUUGUGUAUAGGUGCUUUUUUUAGUUUUUUAUUAUUUUCCUAGUUUUUAAUAUUUUCAUUAUUAUGUCCUAAUGCAAAGUAUGGACAUAAAUAUAUUACAGGGGAAAUUAGGUAGUAGUAAGCUUAAAAGGUAAGUAAAUAUCCAUGAUAAUAAAAAUUUCUCUGAACAAUUUUUAAAUGGAAUCAUAAAAUUCUAACUGCAUUUGAACUUGAAAUGAAACUGGAAAUUUUAUGCUAAUUAAAUUCUUUAUUUACUUUUUCACUUUUUAUCAGUGGAACCCUUUAAUUGCUCAUUCUAUGUCACUCCUCUCCCUACAUGGCUGAUUUCAUUAUGUGGCUUGUUGCAGACUGUGUGAGUGUACUAGAAUUGCUUGCUGCUAGUUCAUUAUUUUUAAGUAUCGUCGGAAGGAAAUAACUUUUUGGUUUGACCAAUUAAUUUUUGCCGUCUUUCUCUACCUGAUAACACAUGAAUGUAUAGAUGUAAAGAUGAAAAUUGCAAGGCUUGUUUUAUUUAUAUCCCUUCUGUUGUCUGUGGGCUGAUGUGAUUUUGAAAAAAACAUUUUCUUUUAAUGUAUAAAAACAAUCCAAAGAGAUAAAUCUUUAUUUACCCACACACCAAAAAAAA